AGUUUUUGAUUCGGAUUCACCCCAGCUCAUGUCUUGUGACCCCAUAACCAUGCUCUGCACCUUGUUUGGUUCCCCCCACCGUCUCAUCUCCCUAUCUGUCUCUUUUACCCCCACCGCACACCACUCCCCUCCUCCACCUCUCUUUCUGUCCAUCCCAGGGUUUAUCCCCUCAUCACUGAUCUCUCUUCAUCCCUCCAAUCCUCAUCUGUUCCUCAUAGGAGCAGUGGAGAGAGUGAGUGACGGAGGAAUAUCCCACUGUGUGUGAUACCAAAAGUGAAUGAGAGGCAGAAAGUGUGGUAACAACCGGGCUGAACUUAUGACAAGGACCAGAGGGGGACCGCUGGAGGAAAACUGAUUCAAGAACUACCAACACCUUGAGAAGAGUCUCCUAAUUGGAUUAUCAGCUUUCCUGCCAUCUCCUCCUGUCUCCAUUGGUGACAGUGCCUAACAACCAACACCAUGGGUGAAAUGGAGCAAUUGCGAAAGGAGGCGGACAGUCUUAAAGACCAGAUCACUGCAGCUCGUAAGGCGGUGCAGGACACCACACUGCAAGAAGCAGCAGCAGGGGUCACCGUGGUGGGCCGUGUCCAGUUGAAGACCAGGAAAACACUAAGGGGUCACCUUGCCAAGAUCUACGCUAUGCACUGGGGCGCUGACUCCACGCUGUGUGUCAGUGCCUCACAAGAUGGAAAACUCAUAGUGUGGGACAGCAUUACAACCAACAAGGUGAAUGCCAUCCCUCUCAAGUCGUCGUGGGUGAUGACUUGUGCCUAUGCACCUUCAGGGAACCUAGUGGCUUGUGGCGGUCUGGACAACAUGUGCUCCAUCUACAACCUCAAGGGCAAGGAUGGCAACGUCAAGGUCAUGCGUGAGCUGGCGGCACACACAGGUUACCUGUCCUGCUGUCGUUUCCUCAGUGACAGUGAGAUCAUCACCAGCUCUGGAGACUGCACUUGUGUACUAUGGGACAUUGAGACAGGGACCCAGAAGACCGUGUUUGCUGGACACCAGGGAGACUGCAUGUCCCUGGCUGUGUCCCCAGACUUUAAAUUUUUCAUCUCAGGGGCGUGUGACUUCACAGCUAAGUUGUGGGACAUCAGGGAGGCCACCUGCAGACAAACAUUUGGAGGCCACGAGAGUGACAUCAACGCGAUUGGGUUCUUCCCCAAUGGUAACGCAGUGAUAACAGGGUCUGAUGAUGCCACAUGCAAGCUGUAUGACCUGCGAGCCGACCAGGAGCUUAUCACUUACCAGGACUCCAGCAUCAUGUGCGGGGUGACCUCCCUGGCCCCAUCCCUGUCUGGCCGCCUGUUACUGGCUGGCUAUGACGACUUCAACGUCAACAUCUGGGACACACUUAAAGCUGAGAGAGUGGGAGUGCUGGCUGGUCACGACAACAGAGUGAGCUGUAUCGGAGUGUCCUCAGAUGGCAUGGCAUGUUGCACAGGAUCCUGGGACAGCUUCCUCAAGAUAUGGAACUGAGGCUGUUCCUCACCAGCGAGCAGAAAAAGAGCAGUUAACAUCUGCCUGGGAGAAAGUGAAGAUAAGAAAUUGGAGUUUGAAGGAGGGAUGAGGGAAGAGGAAGCGCAUAGGGUGAGAAGAGGGUAUUUUAAUUGUGCCAAGUUCUAUCUAAUGUCGGAGAGGGGUUGUAAUGUGAAGAUUUUCUCC